AUGUCGUUCUCCAGCCUUGUGCAAGACCUCGCUCUUCGGAACGCACCGCCGUCUUCGCGGCGAACGCGCGCCGGUGCCUCUGCAGCCUCAACCAUCGACGACACGGCGUCGCAUACGUCGCAUGUGUCUAGGGCCAUGUCCUAUGCCAGCACGGCAGCCACGAGCGUCAGCAUAUCGGGCGAGAUCUCCAGCCAGCUGCACGGUGGCUAUAGCCACCCGCUGGCGCGAUCCUGGCAGGCCGAGCGGCAACUGACAAAGUCCAUGUUCAUCUAUCCGCUCUUUGUCUCGGACAUGGACGACGAGGAGACGCCGAUCCCGUCGUUGCCGAACCAGUACCGCCGCGGCCUCAACAAGCUUGUGGCCUUUCUCGAGCCGCUCGUGCACAAGGGCCUGCGAUCGGUGAUCCUCUUUGGUGUGCCGUUGCAGCCGGGCUCCAAGGACCAGCUGGGCACGUCGGCCGACGAUCCGCAGGGACCGGUGGUGCGCAGCAUCCGGCUUCUGCGUCAGCGCUUCCCGCAUCUGUACGUGGUGGCCGACGUGUGUCUGUGCGAGUACACGUCACAUGGCCACUGCGGCAUCCUGCGCGAUGACGGCAGCCUCAACAACGCCAUGUCGGUCGACCGGAUCUCGGAUGUGGCCAUGGCCUACGCCCACGCCGGCGCCCACUGCGUCGCUCCGUCCGACAUGAACGACGGCCGCAUCCGCGCCAUCAAGCUCAAGCUGAUCGAGGAGGGCCUCGCCCACCAGGUCUUGCUCAUGUCCUACGCCGCCAAGUUCUCUGGCUGUCUGUACGGCCCCUUUCGCGAUGCUGCCGGCUCGUCGCCGUCGUUUGGCGACCGCAAGUGCUACCAGCUGCCACCUGGCGGUCGUGGCCUUGCCCGUCGUGCUAUCGUGCGCGACAUCAACGAGGGCGCCGAUGUGAUCAUGGUCAAGCCGGCCGGCCAGUACCUCGACAUCAUUAGCGACGCCAAGGACCUCGGCCGCGACCUGCCCAUUGCCGCCUACCAGGUCAGCGGCGAGUUUGCCAUGAUCCACGCGGCCGCCAAGGCUGGCGUCUUCGACCUCAAGGGCGCGGCCAUCGAGUCGCACGAGAGCAUCCUGCGUGCCGGUGCCACCAUCCUGGUCAGCUACUUCACGCCCGAGUUCCUCGACUGGCUCGACAACUGA